AUGUCGCUCACCAUACCAUUCCCAACCACCAGGUUCGGUCCUGGGUUCACGGUCCCCACUGCUGUGACGGUGACCGAGGGAGGACGAACCAUCACACUCACACCCACACCGACGACGGAUGCCAGCUCUAAUGCCUCGCCGUUUCCCGACAACAUCUUGCAACAGUCCGGUCUUGCUCCGGGGCAGAUCAUCGGCAUCACCGUGGGAGCCACCUCGAGCCUCGUCUUCUUCGUCGUCGCCCUCGUCUGGUUCUGGAACCGGAGGAGGGCGAGAGUGCUCGCUGCCCGCGACGAGGCCCUCGACACCGUCAUGGAGGACCCGGAAAAGCCCGACGAUGCCAUGGUGAUGGCGCACAACACCGGAGAGACGCUAGAACUCCCGGCACCAAGAGGCUUGCACGAGAUGCCCGAGACGCGAGAAGGGCCGCCCGUCGAGCUACCAGCUCCCGUCGAGAGGCACGAGAUGCCCGCCUAA